CACGUCGCUCUGUCAGUCGCGAUGUCCGGCGGGCGUGAUAAUGCUCGCCACCACAAGUCCAAGGAAGCCGCUCGCCAUCUAUCGCAAAGUCAGCUUGAAAUUCUGACCCUAGCGUCAAUAUUUCGUGAGACGGGGGGUCCUUUAUCCAACGAAGAAAGAAAAGGUACAACGUGGACUCUACAAACGGGUUGGGACAAAAUCGUAAAAGUCUCGACAGCUCUCAUUGAUGGAGGCAUCCAAGAUAACGACGAUGGAGUCGGCCUUUCCGUCGGUAUUCGGCGUGAAGUGGGAGCAUAACCAUGUCGUGGCCGUCGAUCUCUCGGGCAACGGACUGUCAGGGUCUUUCCCUGCUGAAAUUGUCCAGUUACGCUUCCUCACGACGCUGAAGCUAAGAAACAACCCAAACUUACGUGGAAAAUUACCCCCUGAAAUCUACUCGAUGCCCCACCUCAAGUACUGUUAUAUCGACGGCACAAGGAUUGAAAAUACUCUUCCGUACAACAUUGCACACUCGUUUGAAAUCACCCACGUGAAACCAGAUUCAUCAGGACGAUCAUCCAAAUCCACAGUAUCUACAGUUAGAUUUUGCACAGGGAGCAACCACAUUAUCCGUUGGAUGGCCGACAUGACUGAGUCAGAAAUGUUUAUGGUGCAUUCAACACUCAAGAAGAUGCAUGAAAAUACCAAUGGCCAACUUGGGCGCCAACAGAUCAAGUGUACAGCCAGCAACGCCACGGGACCCGAACGUGCAGCUGCGGCCACGAAGCUCCAACGCAUCUAUCGAGCUCGCAUCGAACGGACCAAGUUCCGCCACUUCCUACGCUCUCUUGUCGAGAUCAAGGUCGAUCCUACCUCGGGAAACACUUACUACGUCAAUGCGCGGACUGGCGAAGCAACUUGGAACAAACCGAAGUUUCUUGGUUCUGGAACUGAAAAUACAAUCUCCAGCGCUGACGGACCACAAGACACCGCGCCAGAUGCACGAGAAGCUUGGAAACCUUACGAUGAUGACUACGGCAACACGCAUGACAGGAGAUUCAACGUGGGAGCCUCCAGCUUUCCUUAG